UCCUCGCUCCUUUCGCCUACGGCCGGCUGAAGCGCGCAAGGGAGCGCCGGAGAAGAUCGCCUAUUGUCCGGGCCAGCCGGAGCCGGCAGCCCCCGCCGCACCAUGACGCUGAAAUCCGAGCGGAGCGGGGACGGCAGCAGCAGCACCAGCAGCAUGAGGACGGCGCUCUCGGACCUCUACCUGGAGCACCUGCUGCAGAGCAAGCCCCGGGCCGAGACGAUCUCGUGCCCAAUGAACGCAAUAACCGAGGACAUUUACACCAACGGCUCAGCCAAGAACGGCAGCCUGGCUCAUGCCAACGGCCAGGAGGUGCGGAAGAUACGUCUAAUCCAGUUUGAGAAGAUCACGGAGGAGCCCAUGGGUAUCACACUGAAGCUCAACGAGAAGAAAAGCUGCAUGGUGGCCAGGAUCCUUCACGGGGGCAUGAUUCACAGGCAAGGUUUCCUUCGUGUGGGAGAUGAGAUUCUCGAGAUCAAUGGGAAGAGUGUGGUCAACCAUUCUGUAGACCAGUUGCAGAAGAUCUUGAAAGAAACCAAGGGAACCAUCUCCCUGAAGAUCAUUCCCAACCAGCAGAACCGAAUUCUGCCCCUCAAGAUGUUUGUCAGAGCCCAGUUUGACUACGACCCGCAGAAGGACAACCUCAUCCCUUGCAAAGAAGCUGGCCUGAAGUUCCAAACUGGAGAUGUAAUUGAGAUUAUCAAUAAAGAUGACAGUAAUUGGUGGCAAGGCCGGAUAGAAGGUUCUUCCAAUGGCUCGGCAGGACUUAUUCCAUCUCUGGAGCUGCAAGAAUGGCGUGUGGCCAGCACAACCCAAGAGAAUCAGUCUGAAGGCCAGAGUUGUACCCCUUUUGGAAAGAAGAAAAAAUGCAAAGACAAGUACUUGGCAAAGCACAGCUCAAUUUUUGACCAGCUUGAUGUAGUGUCUUACGAGGAGGUGGUCCAGCUACCAGCAUUUAAGCGGAAAACUUUGGUGCUUAUAGGAGCAAGUGGUGUUGGAAGAAGCCACAUUAAGAACACGCUGCUCAACAAAUACCCGGAGAAGUUCGGAUAUCCUGUUCCAUAUACCACUCGGCCCCAAAAGAAGAAUGAAGAGGAUGGGAAGAACUAUCACUUUGUCUCCACAGAAGACAUGACAAAAGAAAUCUCGGCUAACGAGUUCCUGGAAUUUGGAAGUUACCAGGGCUACAUGUUUGGCACCAAAUUUGAGACUUUGCACAAGAUCCAUCAACAGGGCAAAAUUGCAAUCCUGGACAUUGAGCCUCAGACACUGAAAAUCAUCCACACUGCCGACUUUUCUCCUUUCGUUGUGUUCGUUGCUCCUCCAAAGCAAGCUGAUCAGAUGGAAACCUUGCAGCAACUUCAAAAGGACACAGAGGCCAUCCGGAGCAGAUACGCCCAUUACUUUGAUUUGGUGCUGGUGAACAAUGGGGUUGACGAGAGCCUUGAACACCUGCAGGCAGCGUUUGAGCGGGCAUGCAGCUCCCCACAGUGGGUGCCAGUCUCCUGGGUGUAUUGAGCUGGCAGCACCCAUUUAGGCCACCUCAUUGCAGCAUGUUGAGGACAAUCUUCCCUGCUCCAUGCUUCUGCCCAAUACGCAACCUUCUUGGAGCUGCACCGUUGCCUGUUACUUCCCAGCUGCAAAAAAAACAUCCUUAGAAGAGCAUCUAUGGAUGCAGCUUGCCCCUCUUUUGUUCUCUAUUUCCAUUUAUUUGCAGAUGUUAGCAGCAGGGGACAGUCUUAACAAUACUCCUCUUCCACUACCAAUAAGGUUUUAAACAGGGAUACUAAAAACACGUUCUGCGCAAAAGCCAUAAACGCCAUGAAUGUUAAGAGCCGUGUUUUAACUCAACACAUUUUCCUAGUUUUUCUUUUCCCCGCCCCGCUUGUGAUAGAGGCGUCUUUCAAACCUCUGCAUGGAUGAGAUUUACUCCUUCACUCAUCCUUUUUGGGAAGGGAACUGUGAACUGAUGUUGAACGUCCCGAUUUGAGUGUUCUUUUGCCUCCGUUACGAAAGUAUUUGUUCUACACUACACCGAAGCACACCACCGGGGGGGGGGGGGUAUGGCCCUCAAAUAACUACCUUUGUAACAGGGAUAAACAGGAGGGAGCAUGGCUGACCAUGUGUUAAAUCUCAUGCUCUUCUUGAGGAUGCCAAAAAUAGACAAAUGUGCAAUAGAAACAUUCGGUUGAAUCCAUUACAGGGAAAAUUUAACAAGCAGCAAUAAAGUC